GUAUUCCACGGGUUAGUUACGGAUCGCGCUUCUCUUCUGGUGAAAUCAUGUCUGUCAGUGAACCUUCCCGCGCUCAGAUGGCAUCGGAAGUGCCUGAGAUUCUGGUAGAUCCCAAGACAUUAAGGUCCUACGGCAGGGAUGAGCUUUUGGGACAGGGCGCUUGUGGCAAAUGCUAUAAGAUGACCGAUCUUGAAACUGGCGACACCUAUGCUGUUAAGGUCAUCCGGCUAUAUUCCUGGGGAGUGGAGGAGGUCUGUGAAGAAGUACAGAUUUUAAAAACACUGCGGCACAAGAAUGUGGUGGGGUUCUCCCACUCUUUCGAAGAUGACAAAUUCAUGUAUAUUUUCAUGGAGUUGUGCAGUGGGCAGACACUCGGUGACAUUUUAAAAGCUCGGGGGACUUUGACUGAGCCCGAAGUGCGAUACUACAUUAACCAGCUGAUUUCAGGGUUAACAUACAUCCACCGGCAAGGUUACGUCCACAGGGACAUCAAGUUGGAAAAUUUAUUUAUCAAUGACCAAAUGGAACUGAAAAUUGGGGAUUUCGGACUGGCGGUCAAGCUGAAGCCGAGGGAGAAAGAAGUGUGUGGUACUCCCGUCUACAUGGCUCCAGAAGUGUGGAAACGAGAGGGCCAUGGAACGGAAGCGGACGUCUGGGCACUGGGCUGUGUCAUAAUCUCUCUAUUGAAGCUGGGAAACUGAUGGGCAAGAUAUUUAGAAUCGACCCACGGGAUCGCCCGUCACUAUCGAAUGUCCGUCGCCACAAGUUCUUCACAAAGGGCUUCACUCCAAAGACACUGCCAGCUAGUAGCUGCAAUACACCACCAAAGCAUAAAUCAGUCAACCCAUUCAAAAAGAUUUUCAACCGUUUCAUGCGCCUGAUACGAAAAAAGCGAUCCAGAGUUGAGCCUUUACGGGAGGAUGCCGAGCAGAGUGGACUUGAGAUCCCCCAGCCUGUGGAGUCACUCCGUGUUCUAGAGGAUGUCAACAGACCAAUGAACAAAUUGACCUGGUCCAGUUGGUCAAAGUGGUUGAGGGACCUGUAGGCAGGCUGUACUCAGCAAGUGCAGUGACGCCCCACACCUGAGUGCCUCCCCCAGCUCCCUGUCCACUCCUGUUUCAAUAAAGUUCUUUUGUGUUUCAAGCA